GCAAAACAUUUAACGAUAGAAAAUCAUUCUUUUUUCUAAUUUUUUUUUUAUUUUCAUUGAAAAAUAAGCAAACCAUUCUAUCAUUAAAUCUUGCAAAAUUCUGCAACGGAGCUACAGCCCUGGGUAGUUCGCGAAUCAUCGACUCAAUUCGCAAAUUUUCGCAAGGUUCACCCAAAUCCGCGUGCGCCUCCAAGCGAUAAAAAUAAAAAGCAAAACGAAUUAAAUUUAAAGCCAUUAUUAUGUCCAUUCGUACGUGACAGCAAAGCUGUUUGUCAUUACCUACGGCGAGAGAGAGAGAGAGAUCGCAGAGAUCUCCGGCAAAAUUUAAAAAUGACUCGCCUGAAGUAGGACGGUUGUGUGAUAGGUUUUUUUUUACAUUCGUUCUUCGUUCGUUUACCCGAUACACGUAUCGAUUAAUAAUAGAAGAUCGACGAGAGACGCUUCCAGAGGCAGUUGCAUUGCAAAUCUGCAUUGUGUCAGUGAGGUUAUUGCAUUGAGAAAAGAAAAAAAGUGGCGUUUCAUCAUUUCAUCAUCGCGAGCAUCUUCUUCUAAGCACAAUUAAUACUUUUUGCUGUCGUAAAGCUGUCAAAGGAAAAGUUUUUCGACAUGUCGGAAGAAGUUAAAGAAGUUGCAGUGGAAAAAUUGAUUACUAAACAAACCUUCAGAGAGAAAAUAUGGGUACAUAUGGCUAAAGAAAAGCUUGCCAGCCCUUAUCGCAGUCUGUGUAAUAGAAUUCCCUGCUUUUUGGGAUCUACUGAUGCCACCAAAAGACUUAUGGAAUUAGAUGAAUUCAAAGAUGCCAAAUUAUUAAUGAUUAGCCCUGAUAAACCCCAAAAAUCUGUGAUACUUCGAUCAUUACUUAAAGAAAAGGAAGUACUUGUACCUAGACCUAGACUAUUAUCUGGACUCUUUCUUCAUGUAAAAAAUGCUUCUGGAUUACCCAAUGAAGAAACUAAAAAAGCUGUGACUAGACAUAACAUUAAACAAAUUGAAACUCCUGUAGGAUAUGAUGCUAAAGAUUUGAAGGUUGAUAUGGUUGUUUUGGGAUCGCUAUGUGUGAACAAAUCUGGGUGUAGAAUUGGAGACGGUGAAGGAUUUGCUGAUCUCGAAUAUGUUAUAUUGUCUAAGAUGAAAGCUGUAAAUGAAAAAACUGUGGUUGUAACAACAGUGCAUGACUGUCAAAUUUUAGAUGAUCUUCCUAAUGACCUUUUUGGCCCUCAUGAUGUACCUGUAGAUAUAAUUGUAACACCUACUCAAACUAUUGUUGUUAAUCCAAAAUUAAACAAACCUACUGAGAUUAUUUGGUCAAUGAUAAGCAAGAGAAGACUUGAAUCUAUUCCUGUUUUGAGUGAAAUCAAGCAGAGCGAUGAAAAGGAUGGAAACAAUUUAACAUUGAAAGAGGAAGAUUCUGACGUAGAAUCUAGAUCCCAAGAGAAGCUACGAAUCAAUCAAAUCAUAAAUAAACUACAGCCCAAGGUAAAUCGCAAAAAACCUAUUGAGGACAAUAUCUUGAAAGAAAAUCAAAAGAGCAAAGAUGUUAGGAGAAAGCCUUACCCAAGAAAACAGAAGAUACAAAAAGUCAAAGAUGAAAAUGAAGAAAACAAUGAAAAUAUUAAUAAAAAUGAAAUUGACAAAUCUCCAGCACCAACAAAAUCAAAAAAGCCGCGGCAACGAACACAAGUAAUCCGCAAUGCAAACGUCGAAUUUUCUUUGAAAUUGUCAAACAUCGCAUCCACAGUACGCGUACGGGACCUAAAAAGUGCCCUGCACGAAAGGGGUGUCAAACCUUCCAACAUCACAUGGCGCGGUCAGCGAGGUUUCUGUUAUUUGCACUUUGGUAAGCUUCGUAAACGUCAAAGUCCAGAUUCCAAAGAGCAGCCUGAACCUGUGCAAGUCGAUUCGAUCGUUGCUAACUUGCGAGAACUAAGAAUCGGCGAGACCGACGCUCAGCAGGCUGUAGAAAAUAGUUUCAUUGUCGUUGAGCCGGCUGAGCCCGUCACCCGCAUCGAGGUGACUGAUGUCACAGCCGUUUAAAUUAAUCAAAAAUUACACUUUACUUACUCUGCAGGCCAAAAAUUGACUGUUACUCUUAUAUGCUUGCUUUCAAUGCCUUUAUGAUUAUGGCUUGAGAUUAUUCAUUUAACUGGUUUUUUUAUAAUUGCGACUAACCUGCUAUUAGUCUAGAUUAUUAAAUUAUUUAUUGUUUCGUUUUUUUCUUUUUGUUAACAAUGAUUACUUACAAUGAAGAUGAAUUAUUUAAUAAUUUUAUCAAUUGAUGUUUGAUUAGCGAAUAUGACGAUAAAGUUUGGGAUAUGAGUAUUAAACUACUUGUGAUAGGCAUUUUUACUUAAUAGAAAUAAUUGCUUCAUACUAAUUAAAAUGAAAUCAAUCGUCGAGGAACAAAUAGUCUAGAUUUUUAGCCGUAAAAACUAUUUUUCUUACUCAAAGUCUGUAUUUUUAUGAUACCUCUAAAAAUUAUAUGUAUAUCGAAAAUAGUUUUUCAAUCAAAUUUUAAAAAGAAUACAGUGCAAAUAGAUUAGAACAUUUUGGUAUGCGAAAAAUUAACUUUUAUGUGUAGUCAAUAGUAAAUUAAAUUAAAAUCGAGUUUUUUAACGAUAUUAUAAUUUGUGAUAUAUACUAAAAUACUUUAUAUUCUCGUUCUGCACAGAAUUGACGCGAAGAAUACUCUAUAAUAGUAACACUUCUUACUUACUCCGAGGCAUUAUUUAUUUAUUCAUAAAAAUCCAAGAUGGCAUUUUUCACGUUUAAUCUUGAUGUGCCUAAAAGUAGCUUUAACAGUAAACAUAUACGUACAACUUCAUAAUAAAUAGGUGCCUACAUCUAUGAAAACUUGUAAAAUACAAAGUUUCAAUACUGAAUAUUCAAAUGAGAAAUCAAGUUUUAUGAGAUUUAUUAUAACUCUUCAAUAAUAAUUAGAUUAAUGUUUUAUUAUGUAAGCGUAUUCAGAAAUAAGAUUCAUCAAGCAAUUACAAUUAUACAGUAUUGAUUAACAAUAAUGUUAAAAUGAUAUUUUUAUCAAGAUUUAUUUGUUACUUGUACUGUUAAUUUGAAAGCAAUAAUAAAACAAGCU